AUGGCGAGUCAGCCCGCAGAACCCCCUCAGUACAGCCAAGGCCUGAGUGUCAAAGACGAAGCUUCGAAUUUGAUCAAAACCUUGAUCAAGACCAAGAUCCAGCAGCUGUGUCAUUCUUACGGAGCUAAAUUCGAGGAAGAUCACUCUCCUCGCUUACGUAUUCUCUUGGAGGAGAUCAAGAAGACCAGCGACGAGUUUAAUACGGCCAAGCAGAACCUAUUUAACGAGCUUGAAGACGUUCUGCCAUCGCUUCAAGUCCAGCCAGAUUUUCUUGACAACAUGCCAUCACCAUUUCAUGGUUUGGAUCAAGUUCUAUCUGCCGUGGAGUUGCUGAGUACCAAUUUCCGAGUGGCGGCUGUAUCUACAACAGGUGCCGCAUUUGGCCAUUGUUUGGAAAACUAUAGACGUGUCUCAUCUCUUAGCUCUAGUGAUCUUACUCCCAGCGUCUCUCUGGCGGAAAUAUCCGGCACCGCGGUUGCAACCGGGACGUUACAAAACACUAGCAAUCACUCAACAAGCUUGUCUCCACUUAUUGAUGGAAUCAACAACGAAAAAGGUGAUGCUUUACGCGGAAGCAAACGCCGCCACCCGGAUGGCCUGGGAACCCUACAAGGUGAUGCUCAUCCUAAAAAAACCAAGCUAGAGGAUCCUAAUUAUGACUACUCGAUCAACCCCAAAAGCUUUAGCCAAUACGUAGGACUGAUAGUUCCCAAGAGCACUUUUGAACCAUUUCGUCAGGAACCAGAGUUAUUCAACGCAGAUGCACCAUCCACAUGUGAAGACGAGGGACUUGCUGAAGUUGAUACCGGAGGUUAUGAGUGUGGAAUCGACGAGCCGGAGAGUGAAGCGUUGCCGCGACGAAGUUUGCGCAGACGGCCUCAACCAUCAUACGCAAACAUGGCUAAGGGUCUGAUUCAGCCCCAAACUGUUACAAGCGAGUCCCACGUCAAAUCAUUGAAGACAACUUCUGGAGUUUCGUUCAGAUCAUCGGGCAGUGAAUACAAGCCGUUUGGACAUACUGGUGAAUGGCCCAGACGUUCUGCACCCAAGUGA